UCCUUCUGUUCACACAUUCAACAUGCUGGUGCAAAAGCUAAUCUGGAUCAUUUUGCUGCUCUUUCUGUGUCGGCAAGGAGUAGAAGCAAAAAGAGCAGUGGUCUGUGAAGGAGGGUUUAUGAAACUCCGCUGUCUUUCCGGAGUAAUAAAGAUCAAUAAAGCCAACUAUGGGCGGACUGAUCGCACAACAUGCACUCGGGGGAUAUUAGAUGUUCACACCUCAAAUAUGAACUGCUUCCAAAGAUCAUCCCUCCGUAUAAUGUCCCAUCGGUGUAAUGCAAGAAAGCGAUGUUCUGUUCAUGUAGCGAACACAGUUUUCUCUGAUCCUUGUGCUUGGACUUAUAAAUACCUGGAUGUAGAUUUUAUAUGUGUCUAAAAGGUACAUUUUGCAGUUGAUUAUUAAAAUUACUUAGCUUCAGAAAUGCUAUGUAGAUGAUCACAACUAAUAAUGUUUGACUUUUCCAUUUGGUGCAUUGAAAAGAAACCAAAUAAGUGCUACUGCCUACUCUGAUCCUGGAAGUGAUGUAUUUGUAUAAUUUAGUGACUACACUUUCACAUAAAUGUAUUCUAUACAGAAUGCUCGGUGUUAAAAAGAAAACAUUAUUAUAGAUAAAGUUAUAAAGGUAUAGGUAUAGAUGUUGCUAAUCUUGUUUCUGGUUUGAGAAAUAUUAAUUAACUCCUGAGUCUAUGUAUGUAUAUACAUAUAUAUAUGUUGCAUAUAAAAAAUACAGAAAACUAUAAAUUAUUAUCCUGAAAUGGCUUCAAAUUCUAUACUUGUAGUAUAAUUCAUUUAAUUUUAGUUUUUGAGGUGAUUUUUGUGAGAUUCUCUGUUAGACUAUCUGUCUCGCUGUUAGAUAAAUCUAUCAGGCACACUUUUUUGUGUAAAUGUAGGUAACUAUAAUGCUGUUUAAUAUAAAACUGUCAAAAAAAUUAAUAAAACACCAUCUACUCUGUAAGGAAUAUCAGCACCAACAAACCUCAUUAAUUGAGAACAAUCAAGAGAUCUGGAGAGAGAACAACUCAAAUUCUUGUAGUAGAAUACAAAACACAAUAGCUCAGUAUUUCAUUUUUGAAAGUUAUCUUGCAAGUUAUCUUGUUACAAUUUGUCUUGUA